AUGGCAUUCCAUGGAACUGCAUCGGUACUUCAGGGAACCCCAUGGCAUUCCAUGGAACUCCACGAUAUUCCAUGGAAUUUCAUGGCGUUCCAUGGAACUCCAUCACUACUUCAUGGAACUCCGUGGAACUCCAUGGCAUUCCAUGGAACUCCAUGGAUACUCCAUGGAUACUCCAUGGGAGUUGCGUGGAAUUCCAUGGAUUUCCAUCGAUUUCCAUGGAAUUCCAUGGAUUUCCAUAGAUUUCCAUGGAUUUCCAUGGAUUUCCAUGGAUUUCCAUGGAUUUCCAUGGAUUUCCAUGGAAUUCCAUGGAUUUCCUUAGAUUUCCAUGGAUUUCCAUGGAUUUCCAUGGAUUUCCAUGGAAUUCCAUGGAGGUAUUUCACACGG